CUAUACUCGACGAAGAGCAAAGGAUGAGCAAAAAGCCGCCAGCAGCGAGUACUUCCCGAGUGUCAUCAGCAGUGACAUCAAAACUGACCAAAUCCUCCACAAACUCGACAACCCGCCUCUCAACCACAUCUAAACGCAGGCCUGGAUCGGGAAAAUCAACCAGCCAGACUUCACUCGCAAAUUCCGGUUCACGGGCCAAUCUCGGUUCUCGGUCCGUCAGUAGGGCUUCUGUCCGGCCUGGUUCCGCUGGUGAGAACAAGUCCAGGGGAAGGACACCUCAAGAGGGGACCGUUGCGUCGGUGGAGGAUGAGGUGUUGAAAGAGGAUCAAGCUGUACCAGAUGUUGAAGAGAUUCCAGCAGUAAAUGAAGAAGCAGAGUAUCGUAAAAGAGUUGAGGCGCUGCCAGUACCUUUUGAAGUGUUGAAGCGAGGAUUAUCAAAUUUGGGAAGAUCACCUGAAGAGCUAAAGCAAGUUUACACCAAGUUAUCGAUACCGAAUGCAAACAUUUCCCAAAUCUCUUUCCUCCAAAACUAUCGGUACCUGCAAAUUCUCGAACUGCCCGGAAAUAGCAUCUCGGAUACCUCCACACUAUCCCACUUGCGCUAUCUGACACACCUUGAUCUAUCGGGCAACAAACUGACCAAAGCCCUCGAUUUCGAUCCCCCGUACAAUCUCCAACACGUUGAUCUUUCCAAAAACCAAAUUACAGAGAUUGGACAGAUGGGACGGCACAGAUUCCUGGCAAGAUUGUGUUUGGAUCGGAAUCUGAUCCGAACAAUUAGUGGGCUGGAGGAUUGUAGAUAUUUGACUCACCUCAGUUUAAGGAAUAAUGGUAUUUUGAUGAUUGAGGGAUUGGAGGGCCUACCUAUUCGGUAUUUGGACCUGAGAUAUAACCGUAUUGCCAGUCUGGAAGGCCUUGCAACACUUGGAGACCUUGAAGACCUCUACAUUGGACACAACUGUAUAACAAGUCUAACACCACUCCCCAGUCUCCCAUCCCUUCGUCUCAUCGAUCUAUCCUUCAACAAUCUAAACAGUAUUGACUCAUUGGCUCAGUUACAAGUCCUCAUACAUUUACGGGACCUCUACCUAUCCGAUAAUCCAUUAACAAAUUCACCAUCCUAUCGAUUGCGGACUGUAUUUCUCCUUUCUCAACUCACGGUCCUGGAUGCUCUGCCCGUGUCACCCGAAGAAAAAGUUGCGGCGAUCAACAAGUAUGAUCCACCGCCUAGUGUGGUUGCGAGUGUGCAUCAUGCAGCGAUGCUAAAGCGGCAGAUUAGAAGGGAGGCGAGGAUUAAUAAAGUGGAUAUUAUGGAAGGAGAUGGAUCUGGAGGUGAAGAGCUUGAACUGGAAGCCUUGGUGGAGGUUGUUCAUCCAGGGGAGCGCUGUUCAUCCGUUUGAUUCCAUAAAGGGCCAACGCAACGAUAUCUCAUAGAUUUGUUUUUGACAUUUGUGGAAUCUCUUUGGGAUGUGGUUACGCAUCAGUCGCUCUAAUAUACAUGUUUAUACAGUCGUGCAGGAUAUAUGUUGCAUGAAAAUUUGUAAAUUCGGUUCGGUUCCUUCCCAAUAUUCCACUCAAUAAAAUCUUUGCUAU